GGAAAGCAGAGGAAGACAGCCCAAAACCUUGGGACCCUGCACCCGCGUGGAAGAUCCAGAAGAGGCUUGUGGCUCCUGGUUUCAGAUCAUCUUGGACGUGGUGGUUGCAGCUGCUUAUGGAGUGAACUAGCAAACUUAAGAUCUUUCUCUCUGUAUCUCCUUCUCUCUGAUCAUGGCAGAUCACCUUGACCUUCUCAUAGGAGUGGUGCUCAUGGUGAGUGCUGUGUUUGGAAUUGUUCCCUGCUCCUUUGACGGGCAGGUGGCUUUCUAUCGUUUCUGCAACCUCACCCAGGUCCCGCAGGUCCUCAACAGCACAGAGAGUCUUCUGCUAAACUUCAACUAUAUCAGGACAGUCACCACCUCGUCCUUCCCCCUCCUGGAGCAGUUGCAGCUGCUAGAGCUUGGGACCCAGUACACGCCCUUGACCAUUGCCAAAGAUGCCUUCAGGAACCUGCCCAACCUUAAGAUCUUGGACUUGGGCCAAAAUCAGUUCAGCGUCUUGCAUCCAGAUGCCUUCCAGGGGCUCCCCCAUCUGAUUGAACUUCGGUUAUUUGGCUGUGGUCUCUCUGAUAUUGUAUUAAAAGAUGGUUAUUUCCGAAAUUUAAAUUCCUUGUCUCGCUUGGACCUAUCCAUCAAUCAGAUUCAAAGUCUUUCCCUUCAUGCUUCAUUUGCAGACUUGAAUUCCUUAAAGUCGGUAGACGUCUCCCUCAAUCAAAUAUUAGUUGUGUGUGAGAGUGAGCUCCAGCCCCUCCAGGGGAAAGAGUUCUCUUUCUUCAGUCUGGCAAACAAUAACCUGUACAGCAGAGUGCCCGUGGCCUGGGAGACAUGUCGGAAUCCAUUCAGAGACAUGGUGCUGGAGACCUUGGACGUUUCGGGCAAUGGCUGGACUGCAGACAUCACUGGAAACUUCAGCCAGGCCAUCAGCGGGAGCCAGACUUCCUCUCUGAUUCUCGCCUACCACAAUAUGGGUGCUGGAUUUGGCUUCAACAACAUCAGAGACCCUAGCCAGAGCACAUUUGCUGGCCUGGCCAGAAGCUCAGUGUUGAGUUUGGAUCUGUCGCACGGAUUUAUCUUCUCCCUGAACCGCAGACUCUUUGAGGCUCUUACAGCUUUGAAGGUUUUGAACCUCGCCCACAACAAGAUAAAUAAGAUUGCAAGUGAGGCCUUCUAUGGACUUAACAAACUCCAGAUUCUCAACAUGUCGCAUAACCUUCUGGGGGAGCUCUAUAGUGCUGACUUUGACGGCCUGCCUGAGCUCACCUACAUCGAUCUCCAAAAGAAUCACAUCGGCAUCAUCCAGACCCGAACAUUCCAAUCCCUGGAAAAACUGAGUAUGUUGGAUCUCCGGGACAAUGCGCUUACGACCAUCUCUUCUCUUCCAAGCAUUCCUACCCUCCUUUUGGCGAACAACAAACUAGCGUCCUUGUCAGACACCCACCUUACAGCCAAAUUCCUCCAGUUAACAGAGAACAGAUUAGAAAACCUGGAUGAGCUCUACUUCCUCCUCCAGAUACCCCAACUCCAGAUUCUCAUCUUGAAUGAAAAUCGCCUUUCUUCCUGUACGCAAAGUCACCCAUUGACAGAGAAUCUCAGCUUAGAACAACUUUUCCUUACCGGAAAUAUGUUGCAGCUGGCCUGGGAAUCCGGGUGUGGCUGGGAUCUUUUCCAAGGGCUUUCUCACCUACAAAUUCUGUAUCUGGAUGAUAACUAUCUGAAUUUCCUUCCACCUGGACUGUUUAGCAACCUGACUGCCUUGAAGAUCCUUAACCUCAGCUCCAACAGGCUGACAGCUCUUGCCCCCGGCAGCUUCCCUGCCAGUUUAGAGAGUUUGGAUGUGUCCAGAAACCAGCUGCUCUCUCCUGAUCCUGAUUUAUUUGCCUCACUUCGCAUCUUGGACAUUACCCAUAACAAGUUCAUCUGUGUGUGUGAACUUAGCAAGUUUAUCAGUUGGCUUAAUCAAACCAAUGUCUCUGUAUUUGGAUCUCCUGCAGACCUCUACUGCAUGUACCCCGACUCGCUCUUGGGAGCUUCGCUCUACUCUAUCUCCACUGAGGGUUGUGAUGAAGAGAAAAUCCUAACGUUGCUCAAGUUCUCCCUCUUCGUUGUGUUUACUGUCACUUUGACUCUGUUCCUCUUGACCACUCUCAUGGUCACAAAAUUCCGCGGCUUUUGUUUCCUCUGUUAUAAGACAGCCCAAAGGCUGGUGUUUGGGGACCACUCCCAGGGAACAGAGCUCCAUGAAUACAAAUAUGACGCCUACCUGUGCUUCAGCAGCAAAGACUUCGAGUGGGUGCAGACGGCUCUGCUCAAACAUCUGGACAGACAAUACAGUGACCAAAACAGAUUCAACCUCUGCAUUGAACAAAGAGACUUUGUCCCGGGAGAAAACCACAUCACCAACAUCCAGGCUGCUGUCUGGAGCAGUAGGAAGAUAGUCUGUCUGGUGAGCAGACACUUCCUUCGGGACGGAUGGUGCCUGGAAGCCUUCAGUUAUGCCCAGAGCAGGUGUUUGUCUGAUGUCAGCAGCACCCUCAUCAUGGUGGUAGUCGGGACUCUGAGUCAAUAUCAGCUGAUGAAGCAUCAAUACCUCCGAGGCUUCGUGCAGAAGCAGCUGUACUUGAGGUGGCCUGAGGAUCUCCAAGAUGUCCACUGGUUCCUCAAUAGACUGUCUCAAUGCAUAGUGAAGAAGGAGAGACCAAAGAAGAGAGGUGAAAGCAUUAUGCUGCAAACUGUGGCCACCAUCUCCUAGUCCAAGCAGCAGUUUGCAAUUGAUCUGAAGCCACAAAUAGCCCUUCAUGAAGUCUGUCUCCUACUGUGACAACAGCAUAAAUCUCUGGAUAUUCAUGUCAUGUGUCACUGACCUCCAAGAGGAAAAGAAGAGAUCUAGGAAAAUCAGUACUGCCCCCUUGAGGUUCUCUUUGCCGCUGAUUCCUUUCAGCCCCAAUGGUACUGUUCUCUCCUGAGGCGUUAGCUGCAGUGAGCACCCUCACCAGCAGAAGAGCACCGUGGGAGAAGUCAUGGAUGAUGUGUGGUACGCCUGCUCUAGCAUUCAGCCAAGAAAGGGCUGAUCUAUUACUCCAGGUUUUUAUGUUUUGCAAAAACAAGGCUACAUAGAAAGCAAAAGAAAAAGCAGGUGCAGGCUUC